AAAACAAACCAUUAACCGACCUCCCCGGCCCUCCGACGGCAGGAGUCCGCGGACCUCCCAGGCCGAUCGCCCUCCCUCUCCGUGAGCGGGUUCCGGGCCGGGCGAGAGGUCGCGAGCGCAGCCGAGGACAUGGAGGUGACGGCGGACCAGCCGCGCUGGGUGAGCCACCAUCACCCCGCGGUCCUCAACGGGCAGCACCCGGACACGCACCACCCCGGCCUCGGCCACUCCUACAUGGACCCCGCGCAAUACCCCCUGCCCGAGGAAGUGGAUGUACUUUUUAACAUCGAUGGCCAAGGCAACCACGUCCCAUCCUACUACGGAAACUCGGUCAGGGCCACGGUACAGAGGUACCCUCCGACCCACCACGGGAGCCAGGUGUGCCGCCCGCCUCUGCUGCACGGAUCCCUGCCCUGGCUGGAUGGCGGCAAAGCCCUGGGCAGCCACCACACCGCCUCGCCCUGGAAUCUCAGCCCCUUCUCCAAGACGUCCAUCCACCACGGCUCCCCCGGGCCACUGUCCGUCUAUCCCCCGGCCUCAUCCUCUUCGCUGGCAGCGGGUCACUCCAGCCCGCACCUCUUCACCUUCCCGCCCACCCCGCCAAAGGAUGUCUCCCCGGACCCGUCGCUGUCCACCCCGGGCUCGGCCGGUUCGGCCCGGCAGGAUGAGAAAGAGUGCCUCAAGUACCAGGUGCCGCUGCCCGACAGCAUGAAGCUGGAGGCGACACACUCCCGCGGCAGCAUGACCACCCUGGGAGGGGCGUCGUCGUCUGCCCACCACCCGAUCACCACCUACCCGCCCUAUGUGCCCGAGUACAGCUCCGGACUCUUCCCCCCCAGUAGCCUGCUGGGGGGCUCACCCACCGGGUUCGGAUGUAAGUCCAGGCCCAAGGCACGAUCCAGCACAGGCAGGGAGUGUGUGAACUGCGGGGCGACCUCAACCCCACUGUGGCGGAGGGAUGGCACUGGGCACUACCUUUGCAAUGCCUGCGGGCUCUACCAUAAAAUGAACGGACAGAAUCGGCCGCUCAUCAAGCCUAAGCGACGGCUGUCGGCAGCAAGAAGGGCAGGGACGUCCUGUGCGAACUGUCAGACCACCACUACCACGCUGUGGAGGAGGAACGCCAACGGGGACCCUGUGUGCAAUGCCUGUGGACUGUACUACAAGCUGCACAAUAUUAACAGACCCCUGACUAUGAAGAAGGAAGGCAUCCAGACCAGAAAUCGAAAAAUGUCUAGCAAAUCCAAAAAGUGCAAAAAGGUGCACGAUACGCUGGAGGACUUCCCCAAGAGCAGCUCGUUCAACCCGGCCGCCCUGUCCAGACACAUGUCAUCCCUCAGCCACAUCUCCCCUUUCAGCCACUCCAGCCACAUGCUGACCACGCCCACGCCCAUGCACCCACCGUCUGGCCUCUCCUUCGGACCUCACCACCCUUCCAGUAUGGUCACCGCCAUGGGUUAGAGUGAGCCCUGCUCAAGGUGCACAUGUCUCCGAGCAAGAGAGAGAGACUGAGAGAGAGAGAGAGAGAGAGAGAGUCCCUCGACCCCUUCUACUUGCAUUUUUUUGCAGGAGCAGUAUCAUGAAGCCUACAUGUGAUGGAUAUUUGUUUUUGAAGGCAGAAAGCAAAAGGAUGUUUGCCACUUUUGCAAAGGAGCUCACGGUGGUGUCUGUGUUCCAACCACCGAAUCUGGAUUGCAUUUGUGAAUAAGCCAUUCAGACUCACAUUCCCUAUUUAACAGGGUCUCUAGUGCUGUGAAAAAAAAAAAUCGCUGGACAUUGCAUAUAACUUAUAUUGUAAGAAAUACUGUACAUUUGAGGAAGACUUCAUUGCACCUGGGUAGCUGUAAGAAAGGCAUGAAGAAUGCCAACAAUUUUAAGGAAUAUGGGAAGGAAAGU